AUGCUUUCAUCUACCUCGAUACAGGCAGCGCUACUCGCAUGCCUUGCGGCUACCACGCUUGCCGUGCCCACUAGUCUUGCCAAUUCGGGCCCUACUGUUGCUGACCCUUUGGUAAAGCGAGACAGCUGGUGUAUAUCUUGGUACGAAGACGUUGGCUGUACGAGUCCCCUCGGCACGCAAUGUGGCGGGGAGAACAGUGAGCCUCAGCCGUGCACUACUAUCGGGUUCAAUGACGAAACGACGGUAAAAUCAAUUGAUUGGCAGCCAGUUCCAGGAUCAUUCCUGGCUUUAAGCGAAGGAGAUCAAUGCGCUUCGAGUUUUCCCCUGCAGUUGUUCUCUGAUCAAGACAAUGGAUGCCAGGCCAUUUUGUAUGACAUGAAGUACUUUUCGGUUAGCAAAAAUUAG